AUGAACGGAGUCUACGCUCAGCCUCAGUACGAGCAGGACCCGAACCGCGAGGAGCUACGAGCCAUUCCAUACCAGUCCCUCUGCCAGGGUGAGCACAGUGUGGUGUGGGGUGUAGGAGAAAGUCCCCAGUGUAUUGUGACAGAAGGACCAACCAAAGACAGAUAUCGGGAUGGAUCACACACGACACUCUCACUGAGUGGGUCAAUGCACUCAAGGCUUCACUCCUCCCCGCAUUACAACCCCCAGCGACUAGAAUAUCUCCUGUCCAUCCUGGAGCGCAGAGCAAUGGAGGACUAUGUGCCUGAGUGCUCCAACAAGGAUUCGCUCUACCAUCCACCUCACCGGCAACUUCGAGCUUCUUCAUCUUGGCAGCUCUGGAGGAACUACGUGGAUCUGAGGAGUGCUUAUAACCUGAACCUUCUGGAGCUGAUGUGGUGUCCCCUCCCCCGACAUCCUGGACCCAAACCAAUUCACACCAUAAGGGAGAUCCUGGAUUUCCAACGCCAGGGUAACCUACUGGAAUACCUGAUCGACUGGGAGGGGUACGGCCCGGGGAAUGAUCCUGGGUGCCCAAAGCAGAUGUCCUGGAUUGAUCUCUUCUGGCCCACCCAGACCGGCUGGCCCCUAGAAGUCAUGGAAGGGGCUGGUUUAGGGCAUCAGGAGACGCCCCUGGAAGAGAGGGCAGAGAAACCAUCAAGAGAAAACUCAAAAAGCAACCCCGCACAGAAGGGCCAAAGCUGCGAAAAGUCCUUAAGUGUUGCCCAUGAAAUAAAGAACAACUGGAGUAGUAAAAUAGCAGAUGGCAGCAAUGAAACCUUGCCCAUCUUUAAACUCCAGCUGGAGAAAACAUGGAAGAACAGUGAUGGAUUCUGCAGAAGAUGCACAUUUGGGAAAAACAGCACAAAAGAGAACAAAACUAUUAUGAUGAUCGGAGCCACUGGUUCAGGAAAAACCACCCUCAUUAACAGCAUGAUCAACUACAUUCUGGGAGUGAAUUGGGAAGAUGAUUUCCGGUUUGUGCUGAUAGAUGAAGGACAGCAGAAAUCCCAGGCUGAAAGUCAGACAUCAGAGAUCACAGCAUAUCAGAUUAAUCACAUGGAUGGUUUCCGGGUUCCAUAUUCUCUGACCAUUGUGGACACACCAGGCUUUGGAGACACCCGAGGAAUUAAACAAGACCAGAAAAUCACAGGUCAGAUCCUGGAGUUCUUCUCUGCCCCUGGAGGAAUCGACUGCAUUGAUGCUGUGUGUUUUGUAGUUCAGGCUUCUCUUGCCCGUCUGACGCACACACAGAAAUAUGUCUUUGACUCCAUUCUCUCCAUAUUUGGGAAAGACAUUGCUGAAAACAUCCUGAUGAUGGUCACCUUUGCAGAUGGGAAAAAACCUCCAGUUCUGGAGGCCAUCAUAAAAUCUGAGAUUCCCUGUUCUACAGAUGAGUCUGGAAAGCCACUUCAAUUCAAGUUCAACAACUCUGCUGUGUUUGCAAACAAUAACAAAUCUACAGAGGACGAGGACUCCGAUUGUGAAAACUUUGACCAAAUGUUCUGGAAGCUGGGAUUUUCUAGCAUGAACAAGUUCUUCACAUCCCUCAGCAAGAUGGAAACCAAGAGCUUAACUCUGACACGAGAGGUCCUGAAAGAGAGAAAGCAGCUCGAGGUUCUUGUGGAAGGCCUACAGCCCCAGAUCAAUGCUGGUCUGACAAAACUGGAUGAAAUUAGGAAGACAAGAGCUGCUCUGGAACAAAACAAGGCUAAGAUGGAGGCAAAUAAGGAUUUUGAAUAUGAAUUAGAAGUAACUGUUCCAAAACAGAUAGAAAACACCAGUAACUACUACUUGACCAACUGUCAAAAGUGUAACUUCACAUGUCAUGAUUCAUGUAUAAUUCCAAAUGACAGUGAUAAACAUGGGUGCUGUGCCAUGAAAGAUGGAAAUUGUACGGUCUGUCCUGGAAAGUGUGUCUGGAAUGUUCACUUCAAUCAGAAAUAUAAAUGGGAUUAUGUCACGGAAAAGAGAAAGGAAACCUAUCAUGAUCUGAAAGAGCGAUAUAAGGAAGCAUACGGAGAGGUCAUGACCAAAGAAAAGAUCUUUGAAAAGCUUGAAUAUGAGCUUGAGGUUGUCCAGGAUAUUGUCACUGGACUAAUUAAGGACUCUCAGAAGUCAUUGGAGCGUCUGCAGGAAAUCGCCCUCAAGCCCAAUCCUCUGUCCACCCCUGACUACAUCGAUCUGAUGAUUGAGUCUGAGAAACAAGAAGCCAAGCCUGGAUUUACAGAUCGCAUUCAGUCUUUAAUGGAGGUCAAAGUGAAGGCAGAGAUCAUCAGUAAAGUUUCCACAGGAGGAGCAGUUCCUGAGGAUUUGAAGAAAUAUAAACCUGAAACAAGCAGAAAUAAACCUGAAAGAAGCAGAAUUAUAUCAUUUAGUCCAUUCAUCCUCUUUAGAAAAGGAUUCAAUUUUUUAAAGGGAUAG